AUGAUGUUUGACGGAUUGGGUGAAACACAACAAACCCAACAAAUUCCAUUAUAUGAUUUGGAACUGUCUGAUGAUGGUUCUUCCUCGCUGAUUAGUGAGCGUGAAAAACGGCAAGUUUCAUGUUCUGGACGGCGUCGAACAUCAGGGAUCAGGCAACGGCAGGGCUCAUCGACAUCAUCGACACAGGUCUCUUCAUCUGUUGCCAAUAACGGGUUACAGCGUGCACACAGUUCACCGUUACCAGCUUAUCCAGUGAGCAUACGUCAGCAACUGGCUAUCAUAAAACAGAUGGAAGAACCAAUGCAAGUAGCGGCGGACUCGUCUUCACUCAGUUUGCAGUUACCUCAGACAAGCACUGGGUCACCUGGCUUAUCAAGAAGGCGUAUUUCGAGGGUUCAUAAAAAGAAUGAACGUGGUGAGACACCAUUGCAUGUAGCAGCACGUAAGGGAGAACACCAACUGUGCAAGAAGUUAAUCGAGGAAGGUGCAGUUAUCAAUGCUCGGGAUUAUGCUGGUUGGACUCCCUUACAUGAAGCAUGCUAUCAUGGGCAUUUCAAAGUUGCUAAACUUCUUCUUAGCUACGAUGCAGAUGUUAAUGCGCUGUCAGAUUGUGAUGACACUCCUUUACAUGAUGCUGUCACGAGUGGAAAUGAAAAGUUGGUUUGGUUGUUGUUACACGCGGGUGCAAGUCGUGAUCGUAUUGACAAUGAUGGGAAAAAGCCGAUUGAUAUCUGUCACUCAGAGUAUAGUGGAAUAAGAAAUCUUCUGUCCGCUGCUACCAUCCCGGAACUGUGUCUAGUGGAUGAGUCACCUUCUCUAAGUCCAUCUAGUCCAAGUCACAUACAAGGUUCGUCCCAGGUCUUUACGGCAAAUCUAAUACAGCUUAGUGCAGAGAAGCAAUGCUUAAUAUCACCGAAUAGUGAUGAUUUUGUAGCUAAUGCAGAAACUUUUUCGAGAGGGAGAGACGGAGAAAUCAGUGAAGAGCUGGGAAUGCAGUUACAAGGAUCACGCAGUCAGUUGUUGAGUGGAGGAGAUUUCGAUAAGAACACAAAAUCCCCUGAUUUUGACGAUGUUGUAUUAAGGGAUGAAGAAGUGAGAGUCGGAAUUCGUCAUGAUUUUGAUGACAUCGGUCACUCAUUAUCUGUGCAUCGUUCAUUGUGGCCUGAAGAAAGAAAUGAUGCAUUAAAAAGGGUUGGAUUGCAUACUGGUUCUUCACCAUAUGAAUUUGAUCAUGAUCUAUCGCCAUCUCAUGUCUCGUUUGAAAAUGCUUGCUUUGGAAUAAACGAAUCAAACGAAGCAGAAAUUCGCAAUCUUGAACAUCCACGUAAUACAUACACCGAACGUUUCUCUCCUCAGUAUACAUCUCAAAAAUCAACUUAUGAAAAGCGCAAACAAAGAGGUCGAAGACGAGGACGAGACAUCUCUGUGACUGCAGGCUGUGGUACUAUGGCUCAAGCAUCUCAGUCUGAUGAUGUGUAUGAAUUUCGCAGUAGCCCGGAAUCAGAUGUAGGUGUAAAUAAGACAGAAUCUGUUGGAGAUAUGGAACGAGAAUUGAGCGAAUCGCCAAAUUUGAAGAGGCAGCGAUUUAACCAAACUGAAACGACUACUGUAGCCCCUUUCGCUUCAACUGCAAUUUCUGAAACAAGUUCUACCCAAGAAGGUAUAUCCAUACUAGAAAAAGGAGAAGCUUUGGAUAUAGCAUCAAAUAUAUCUGAUUUGACGGAUGAGAAAGCUGAUGGAACAACGGUUGGUCGUAAGGUACCUCCGCUUCGCAUAUCGCUACCCCGUACACCCACCGAAGAUGGCACAGCGCUGACAAGUUCUGCGGAUGAUGUGACGUCCGUUGCGAUGAAUGCUAUAAGACGAAAUACAAGAAGUACCAAAAGUAUUACUCGCAGAAAUCAAAGCCCUGAACAGAGUGUCAACAAUACUUGUGAUGAAAGCAUACAACGUGUUACAAGAAGCAAACUUCGACAAUCCGGGCGACAACUUCGUGACCAUUCUUCAGUGAGCUUUGAAACGUCAGCGAAGAGAAAAUCUAAUAGCUGGCGACGUAAUUCUGCAGCUAUUGGAUCGCCAAUGCCCGCGCUCUCAGCGGCAACUUCCGAUGAACAGACUUCUAGCAAUGAUACUGGCGAUAGAGCUGAUGCCGAUGAAAGCUCACAUUUGGAACUGGCUGCGCUGAAGGAAGAUGAAAAUGCGUUAUUGGCUUUGUCAUUGAUGAAAAAGAACAGCUAUGAAGGUUUUCGAGACUUCCGUUGUGUAAUUGAAGAACGCUGGGCCAAAGACGCAACGGAAGAGAUUGUUGCUCCAGAAAGUCCACCUAAUUUUAAAAGUUAUUUGAUUGUACAAGGAAAUUACACAUCCGCAAGCAAUUUAGACUUACUAUCAUCUCAAGACAAAGUUGAUCUUGCGUUUAUGGAAAAAUUGACAAUAAAGCUUCGUAAUCUUCACACUGAACAGCAGGAAAAGAGGCGAAACAUGUAUUUUUAUCACCAGGUGGAACGUGAACGAUUACAAAUGCAAGCAGAAAGUGAAGUAAUACGUAUGCUUACGCGAAAGGCAAAUGGACAUAAUGGAUCCUUUUCGACGAUGAGGGUGAUUCGAGAAACGAAUUUGUUCAAUACUGGUUUUUUGGAAGUGAAGCCAAAAAAGUUACCAAUUAUGGAAAUUUCGGAAGUGAAAGUGAAAUAUGAGAAACUUGCAGAGAUAAUGCUCAGACGGCAGCAAAUGGAGGCAGAUGCACUAUAUGCCGAACAGAUAUUUAUUUGGAAUGCGGCAGUUCAGAGAAGCGAAGAUGUAACAUUAUCAAGUUUGAAAAAUGCUAUACCACAUGUAUCAGUUAACCCAGUAAUUCUAAAUUUUUAA